AUGGAUCUCCUCGAGGCAGAACUGAGUGAGUUAUUCGCCCCAAUCAAAGGUGCUGAAAAUAUCGGGAAUAAAGCAGGAGGAUCCAGAGAAGAGAAUGGUGUAUCUCAGGGGAAUGUGGGCAGUUGCCAUUACAGUGACCAGGCCGAGAACCUCUAUCCCCUUUCGUUUGGUCGAAUGCUGGAAGAAGGAGAAGUUCCGUGUCCUCUUUCUUCAAGAGAAGGAGAGAAACGUCUUAUAUUGCUGAAGACGGUGCAGCUGAAAAUGGAGGAGGAGGGCUUCCAGCAGGGCGGCCCUACCUAUCUGCAGGACAGGCUACAAGCCGUGUUAUCCCAAGAGGCCAGCGUCUUGCAACCCUUAGAGGUGGCGCCGCAGAGCAACAGCAUCCAAGGGAACCCGGAGGAAGACUCGGCAGUAAGUUUUCUGGAAAGCGUUUAUACAGUCCAUGAAAUGGAAAUGAUGCCCGUGAACAGUCCAAAAGAAGCACAAGGGCUUGAGGAAGAUAAAAGGUCCACUGAAAAGACCCCGGAAGUCCUCUGGAUUAAGAUUAAUAGAAGCAAAGAUAUAGUUGCAGAUGACGGUAAGGUCCAGCAGCUGCCCGCAACUGAAGAGGAAAGGAUAAACAAUCCCUUUGCGGUUCAAGCAGCAAAGCUUCUGGGUGCUCGAAUUAAAGCUGGCUCCUUAUUGUUGCACACGCCGGAAAAUAAAGACCGAGAUGACGAAGGGAACGUGCUGCUGCGUUGCGAUUCCUGCACAUUCACCUCUUGCAGUGUGUCGAGCCUUAAUCGUCACGUGAAAAAACACUCCGAUGAAAAGCCCCACAUGUGCCACAUCUGUCUUAAGGCAUUCCGUACAGUUUCCUUGUUGCGCAACCAUGUGAACACCCACACAGGGACCAAACCGUACAAGUGUAGCGAGUGUGACAUGGCCUUUGUCACUAGUGGAGAGCUUUCACGGCACAGGCGUUAUAAACAUACUCUUGAGAAGCCCUUUAAGUGUUCGUUCUGUAACUAUUGUAGCGUGGAGGCAAGCAAGUUGAAGCGCCACAUCCGUUCGCACACGGGGGAGCGGCCUUACAGUUGUACUCUGUGUGCCUACGCUAGCAGAGACACUUACAAGCUGAAACGGCACAUGGUUACUCACUCAGGUGAAAAGCCCUUUGAGUGUGCGAUUUGUAAGGCCAGGUUCACGCAGGCUGGGACUCUUAAGUUCCAUAUAUUGCACAAACAUGGGGAAAACGUCCCAAAACACCAGUGUCCACGCUGCAAUACUUCUGUUGCACGGAAAGGUGAUUUAAGUAUCCACUUGCGAAAUCUCCAUUCCUAUAUUGAAGUGCCGCUCAAGUGCAAUUACUGUGACGGUACCUUUCACGAGCGUUAUGCCUUCAGACAGCACAAGAAGAUGCACCGGAAUGAGAAGAGAUUCAAAUGUGAUCAGUGCAAUUAUGCGUGCAAACAGGAACGUCACAUGGUUAUGCACAAGCGGACACAUACCGGUGAGAAACCCUUUGUCUGCACAGCUUGCAGCAAAUGCUUUCGGCAGAAGCAGCUGCUUACUGUUCACUUCAAGAAAUACCACGACUCCACUUUUAAGCCACGUGUCUAUGAUUGCCCUAAAUGUGGCAAGGGCUAUUCACGCUGGAAUAACAUGCGUAAGCAUGCUGAAAACUGUGGGAAAGCAAGAGUGGCUCGCCCCAGCAAAGAAAGCAAGCGCCAACAGAAAGACUGCAAGAGAGCAAGCCACGAUGCCAAACCAGAAGCAGUUACUUGUGUGAACUCUCAACACUACACCAUGUAUAGUAUUCCUGUUGCAACUUGGGAGAAAGAAGAGGUUCUGUUGGAAGAUGAGGAAUCAAGAGUGACAUGUGAAAUGAUCUUCAACUUGAUGGAUAAGUAG